AAUCGAUAAAUUAGUGCUCUCUGUUCUCAAAAUGUAUAUUGUGGAUUAAGAGAUCUCGAAACCGAAACGCCAUUAAGUCCCUCCCCCUUUCACUAGUUUAAGCUGGCCCGGGUGGGGACAGAAAGACGCAUCCGGGGCCAGAGAUUUCAGGGAAAGAAGGUGGGAUGACGUAAGGUCACGUGAUGACGGCGGCGUUGUCAACAAUCCACCCCUGAGGGGGAGGGGACGAAGUAUCUAGAACCACGUGUCCCUGUGAUGCGAUUAGAAGGAAUCAAGUGAGAGCGUCGCCUGAAUCUGAGGCUUGGUCAGGUCUAUGGAAAGAAUCCAGGUUUGAAAAUGGAGAUGUAUGAAACUCUCGGAAAAGUGGGAGAGGGAAGUUAUGGAACAGUCAUGAAAUGUAGACAUAAGGAUACUGGACAGAUAGUGGCCAUUAAGAUAUUUUAUGAGAAACCAGAAAAAUCUGUCAACAAAAUUGCAACGAGAGAAAUAAAGUUUUUAAAGCAAUUUCAUCAUGAAAACCUGGUCAAUCUGAUUGAAGUUUUUAGACAGAAAAAGAAAAUUCAUUUGGUGUUUGAAUUUAUUGACCACACAGUAUUAGAUGAGUUACAACAUUAUUGUCAUGGACUAGAGAGUAAACGACUUAGAAAAUACCUGUUCCAGAUCCUUCGAGCAAUUGAAUAUCUUCACAAUAAUAAUAUCAUUCAUCGAGAUAUAAAACCUGAGAAUAUUUUAGUAUCCCAGUCAGGAAUUACUAAACUCUGUGAUUUUGGUUUUGCACGAACUCUAGCAGCUCCUGGGGACAUUUAUACGGACUAUGUGGCCACACGCUGGUAUAGAGCUCCAGAAUUAGUAUUGAAAGAUACCUUUUAUGGAAAACCUGUAGAUAUCUGGGCUUUAGGUUGUAUGAUCAUUGAGAUGGCCACUGGAAAUCCCUAUCUUCCUAGCAGCUCUGAUUUGGAUUUACUUCAUAAAAUUGUUUCAAAAGUAGGCAAUUUGACACCUCAUUUACAGAAUAUCUUUUCCAAGAGUCCCAUUUUUGCUGGGGUGGUCCUUCCUCAAGUUGAACACCCCAAAGAUGCAAGAAAAAAAUACCCAAAGCUAAAUGGAUUGUUGGCAGAUAUAGUUCAUGCUUGUUUACAAAUUGAUCCUGCUGAGAGGACAUCAUCUACUGAUCUUUUGCAUCAUGAGUAUUUUACUAGAGAUGGAUUUAUAGAAAAAUUCAUACCAGAACUGAGAGCUAAAUUACUACAAGAAGCAAAAGUCAAUUCAUUCAUAAAGCCAAAAGAGAAUUCUAAAGAAAAUGAACUUAAAAAAAAUGAAAGAAAAACAACUUCUACCAAUACACUGCUAAGUACUCCAGUUUUGGGAAAGGAAAUGGAAAAAGAGAAAAAGCCCAAGGAGAUCAAAGUCAGCAUUAUUAAAGUCAAAGGAGGAAAAGGAGAUAUCUUAGAAUCAAAAAAGACAGAGUGUGAAGGUGGACAUUGUCAAAAGGAUGCAACUGGAAAUGCUCAUACUGUGUCUCAAGACACAACCCCUAUAAUCAAGGAACUACCAACCCCUGUCAAUCCCGGCACUAAGGCUAAUGGAAUGAAAGAUGAUCCACAUGCUGGAGGUAGUAUGAUGAUGCCACCUAUCAAUCUAACUAGCAGAAACUUGGUGGCUUCAAAUCCCAAUUCAGAUGUUUCCCACCGCAAUUCAAGGUUGACUGAAAGAGCGAAAAAGAGACGUACUUCUUCACAGUCUGUUGGACAGGUUGUGUCUAAUAGCAAGCAAGAGGACGCAGGUCCCACUCAAAGCCAAAUGGAGAAGAGUAUGUUUAAUGAGCAAACAGGUCAAAGUGACCAAAUGGCAAAUGGAAACAAAAGAAAGAUGAAUUUUUCCAGAUCUGACAGGAAGGAAUUUCAUUUUCCAGAACUGUGUUUCACACUACAGUCCAAGGAGAUGAAAGGAAUGGAAGUUAAACAGAUAAAAGUGCUGAAGAGGGAAUCAAAGAAAACAGAUUCAUCUAAAAUACCAACUUUACAUAAUACGGAUAAAAAUCAAGAAAAACAAGAGGGUGGAGAUGGCCAUUUUAAGGGGAAGAAUUGGAAGAGGAACAGAUUUUUUUUCUGGUAG